CUUGAUCCUCCCAUCACGUGACGUCUCCCAUAGCAACAUUCGUUUGCUCGUUGUUCUGUUUUAACUGUUCCGUCAGACAUCUAACAAAGGGCGAUGGCAUAUCCAGGAGAAGGCUACAACAUGUCAAAUUACGGCCUAAAGACUUACACACCGGAACAAAUGAAAGAACAGUGGAGAGAAGCGUGCGAGCAUGAGAUACAAGCAACCAAGAACCGAAUCGUGACUACAGAGACACGAAGACCUCCUCAAACAGAAGGAAACGACGUGGGAGAGGCAAUCAAUUACUAUAACACCUCGAAACAGCACGUGACUGGGUCCACCUACGAUCGUAUGUUUCACGUCAAGGAAGGCUACUGCAGCAAAUUGCAUCGAGAUGACCGAGAGCACACGCAACAUCUGGACGUUCAUUCGGAGGAAAAAGUCAAAGCAGUUCCUGUCCUGUCGUCGUCUCAUUACGGUCACCGGCAAUCACUGGAGAAUCCAUCUAGAGCGCAUGUGCGAGUCGCUCUUGUGAAGAGAGACUUUUACCGAUUCGGUGGUACAAACAUACCCCUUGGCGGUUCAAACUAGUGACCGCAGCAAAUCGACGGACUGAAUGUGUACGCGUACACGACUAGACUAAUUAAUACACUCAAACUGUAAAUGUCAUAGGCUAAUAAUUAUUGGUUCCAGUGCUAACUUAAUAAUGGAAGCUUAUUUCAUUCCCAUGCACUUGUACCUGUGUGCGAACCAGGACAAUUUCUAGAGGAGGGCGUCCGCAUAUAAAACAUGGGCGUGGACAUGAGCUUUUUUCUAGG